CAUUGGUUGAGCAUCUGGGGGUCAAAGUUUUACUUCCGUGUCAAACAGCUAACAUGACGGACAAAGAAAAGAAGAAGAAGGAGAGCAUCUUUGACUUGUCAAAGUACAUCGACAAGCCGAUUCGAGUAAAGUUUCAAGGAGGACGGGAGGCCAGCGGCGUGCUGAAAGGCUUUGACCCUCUGUUAAACUUAGUGCUGGACGGCACAAUCGAGUACAUGCGGGAUCCAGAUGACCAGCUGAAGCUGACAGAAGACACCCGGCAGCUUGGGCUGGUGGUGUGCAGAGGAACCUCUGUAGUACUAAUCUGUCCUCAGGACGGCAUGGAAGCCAUACCGAACCCCUUCAUACAGCAACAGGAUGGCUAACACUGUCUCUCUGUUUCACACACACACACACACACACACACGCACACACAAUUACAACCAUGCACACUUAAAUGUUUGUGAAGUCUUUUGUUGUUUUAUAUUAAGACUUACCAGUAAUAAUGUGUAUAAUGAAGCAAAUUUCAGUUGUGCAAAUCAAAAGUUCAUCUACAAAAGGACAUUUUAAGCACCUCACUUUGGUUUCUGUCUCUAGUGUGCAAAGUUUGAAAACAUUUGAGUUGUAAACAGCCCACAAAGUUGGCAUGUGUUAUUGUAACCAUUUUCUUUUUAUCCAGAAUAAGUCAACUUUUUACUAUUCUUUGUUGUUUUUGAUAAGAAAAUAAAAUAAUAAUGUGA